AUGAUGACUAAAUCUCCUCAAAAUAUUGGUAUCAAAGGUAUCGAAGUAUACAUCCCAGGUCAAGCAGUCAAUCAGACUGAAUUGGAAAAAUUUGAUGGCAUUCCUCAAGGUAAAUACACCAUUGGUUUAGGACAAACCAACAUGGCAUUUGUCAAUGAUACCGAAGAUAUUUACUCCAUUAGUUUAACCGUUUUAUCAAAUUUAUUGUCCCAUUAUAAGAUCAACACUGAUCAUAUUGGUAGAUUGGAAGUUGGUACUGAAACAUUAUUGGAUAAAUCAAAAUCAGUUAAAUCGGUAUUGAUGCAAUUAUUUGGCGAAAAUUCCGAUAUCGAAGGUGUUGACACUAUUAAUGCAUGUUAUGGAGGUACUUCAGCUGUCAUUAAUGCUGUUAAUUGGAUUGAAAGUUCCAGCUGGGAUGGUAGAGAUGCCAUUGUUGUUGCUGGAGAUAUUGCUAUUUAUGACAAGGGAGCAGCUAGACCUACUGGUGGUGUUGGUGCCGUUGCCUUGUGGAUCGGUCCUGAUGCCCCUAUUGUUUUUGAUUCAAUCAGAGGAUCAUAUAUGGAACACGCUUACGAUUUUUAUAAACCGGACUUCACUAGUGAAUACCCAACUGUUGAUGGACAUUUCUCAUUGAGUUGUUAUGUCAAAGCCAUUGAUAAUUGUUAUAAAAAUUAUUCUCGUAAGGUCACUGGUGAUAAAAACAAGACUGUCGGGUUGUAUAAUCAUUUCGAUUAUAAUGCAUUCCAUGUCCCAACCUGUAAAUUAGUCACCAAAAGUUAUGCCAGAUUAUUGUAUAAUGACUACAAGUCAAACCCAGAAAAAUUUGCUGAUUUAAUCGAUGAACAAACAAGAAAACAUAUUGAUGCAUUGUCAUAUGAAAAUUCAUUAACUGAUAAAAUCUUGGAAAAGACUUUUGUCACUUUGGCUAAAGACCAAACUAAAGCCCGUGUUGAACCAGCUUUAAAAGUUCCUACAAAUACUGGUAACAUGUACACUGCAUCAGCUUGGGUUUCCCUCGCAUCAGUCAUCUACUAUGCUACCAACAGUGGUGCUAACUUACUAAACAAGAGAAUUGGAGUCUUUUCCUAUGGAUCAGGAUUAGCGUCAACUUUAUUAUCAGUCGUUAUAAAAGGUGAUGUUUCCCAAAUCACCAAAGUAUUAAACUUUGAUUAUAAGUUGGGUGAAGGACGUAAAAUUGAAUCUCCACAAGCUUAUGUUGAUGCAAUUGGCCUUAGAGAAGAUGCUCAUUUACAAAAGAGCUUCAAACCUAAGGGAUCAAUUGAGAAUUUACCUGUUGGAACCUAUUAUUUAUUGGAAGUUGAUGACAAAUAUAGAAGAAAAUACGGUAUAAAAGAAUAA